CUCUGAUGUUUGGACUAAAGUCCUCCUAGCUAUACAGGUGUUCCUAUGCUUUCUCUUUCCUGUCCCCAGGCACCUCCCAGCCCUGCAUCCAAAGGAUGGGGACCCAGGUGGACCACACAGCUCAAGGCCAGGAGACUGAGGGCCCCACCCACUCCAGGGCACCCCCAGAGGACCCCAAGAUAGACAUGCUCUACACAAUCGAGGAUGUGCCCCCCUGGUACCUGUGCACUCUCCUGGGAUUCCAGCACUACCUGACCUGUUUCAGUGGCACCAUUGCUGUUCCCUUUCUCCUUGCUGAUGCUCUGUGUGUGGGCAGGGAUCAGUACAUGGUCAGUCAGCUGAUUGGCACCAUCUUCACCUGUGUGGGCAUCACCACCCUCAUCCAGACUACUCUGGGCAUCCGGCUACCCCUGUUUCAAGCAAGUGCCUUUGCCUUCUUGGUCCCAGCCAAAGCUAUCCUGUCCUUGGACAAAUGGAAAUGUCCCCCAGAAGAGGAGAUCUAUGGUAACUGGAGUUUACCCCUGAACACAUCACAUAUUUGGUACCCACGAAUGAGAGAGAUCCAGGGGGCAAUCAUGGUGUCCAGCACAAUAGAGGUGAUGAUUGGGCUUCUGGGGCUGCCAGGAGCCUUGCUCAGCUACAUCGGGCCCCUCACAGUCACCCCCACUGUCUCCCUCAUUGGUCUCUCCGUCUUCCAAGCUGCUGGAGAUCGGGCUGGAUCACACUGGGGCAUAUCAACCUUCUGCAUUCUUCUGAUCAUCCUCUUCUCCCAAUAUCUCCGAAAUGUCACCUUCCGCCUGCCUGGCUACAAAUGGGGCAAAGGCUUCACUCUCUUCCGGAUCCAGAUCUUCAAAAUGUUUCCUAUCGUCCUAGCCAUCAUGACUGUUUGGCUCCUCUGCUACAUCCUGACACUGACUAACGUGUUUCCCGUUGACCCGGAUACCUACGGCUUCCGGGCUCGGACAGAUGCCCGAGGGGAGAUCAUGUCCAUUUCACCCUGGCUCCGCCUACCCUACCCCUGUCAAUGGGGCCUCCCCACUGUGACUGCAGCUGCUGUUUUGGGCAUGUUCAGUGCCACAUUGGCAGGCAUCAUCGAGUCUAUUGGCGAUUACUAUGCUUGUGCCCGACUGGCUGGGGCCCCUCCACCCCCUGUUCAUGCCAUCAACAGGGGAAUCUUUACUGAGGGCAUCUGCUGCAUCAUUGCUGGGCUGCUAGGGACUGGUAAUGGCUCCACUUCCUCUAGCCCCAACAUCGGUGUCCUGGGCAUCACCAAGGUGGGGAGCCGAAGGGUGGUCCAGUAUGGGGCAGGUAUCAUGCUGAUUCUGGGAACCAUUGGCAAGUUCACAGCUCUCUUUGCUUCCCUCCCUGACCCUAUCCUGGGUGGCAUGUUCUGCACUCUUUUUGGGAUGAUCACAGCAGUGGGCCUGUCCAAUCUUCAGUUUAUUGAUAUGAAUUCUUCCCGAAACCUCUUUGUCCUGGGAUUUUCCAUGUUCUUUGGCCUGACACUGCCUAACUACCUGGAUUCCAACCCCAGUGCCAUCAACACAGGUAUUCCUGAAGUGGACCAGAUCUUGACUGUGCUGCUAACUACGGAGAUGUUUGUAGGUGGCUGUCUGGCCUUUAUCUUGGAUAACACUGUCCCAGGGAGCCCGGAGGAAAGGGGACUGGUACAAUGGAAAGCUGGAGCCCAUGCCAACAGUGAGACCUCUGCAAGCCUGAAGAGUUAUGACUUUCCUAUUGGCAUGAACACAAUCCAAAAGAUGGCCUUCUUGAAGUACAUCCCCAUCUGUCCCGUCUUCAAGGGCUUUUCCACAAAGCCACGAGAACAGCCUCCCACUCCAGAGGACACUCCAGAAAACAGAGACAUCCCAUCUCUAAGCACCAAGGUCUGAGAAAGAGAAGCAACAAGACAAAGCAGAGGGCAUUACUUUUGAAUGUGUUCAUCUGGUAUGAGGAAGCCAUAUUGGCUACAGGUUGACAAUAUCAUUACUUAAGAGUACUCACUUGAAGAAGAUCAAGCCCUAAGAGGAACACUACCAAGUUUACAUUGUUUUUUAUGAUAAUGCUGAAGAAGUGGCAGUCAAAUGCAAUUUGAAAAGGCAUAAUCUGACAUACCAUUGUGCUGACUAAACUUGAAGUUCACUGCCAAUGUUUGAGUCAGGACAUAUGAUGAACUGAUAAAAAUGUGUCUGAGUAAACCAAGACACUCACCAUUUUCGGAAAGACAAACAGCUAUGAUAACUAAAAUCUGAACUUGAAGAAAAUAAGGCUUUUGAGGAGUUGGCUUAGGCUCCUACCUACAUGUUUAACCAUGAUACAGUGAUCCUGGUAUAAUUAGACUGGUGUCUUAGGCGAAGAGAGAGUCCAAAUUUAGAGAGUAAGUACAGUCAUGAGAGCCUGCAUUGCAGAAAGACCUGUGUUUCAAGUCUUUCCUCUAAUAUAGAGCCUGGUGUGAUGCUGGGCAAGUCAUUAAGCCUCUUAAUGCUUUUAGAUAGGCUCAAACACUAUAAGUUGCACAGAAGGAGCUGACCUACACUGGUACAAAGAAUUCCCUCACCUCGGCAAUCCCUGUACUAAGGAGCCCAGAGUCUUAUUUGUCUUAGUUGCAAAAUAUGAGGUAAGGAACACACUCCCCCAGGCAAAAUAUAAGUCUAUUUACUCCAAGCCUAGAAGAGCACGAGGACUGGGGAAAAAAUCUUUACACAAAAUACUACUACUAACCUGUCUGUUGAAUUCCUCUUCAUUUUCCAUCCACAUGUAUCUCAGCAAAUGGAUUAUCAUCUUCAUGAGAAUGGACCAUUAAUAAUCACAUCUUCAUUGAUGAUGCUUGGGCUAGUACUGCUGCGACUUGGAUCUUUCAUGGUUGUAUGUUAGUUGUUUUUGUAACCUUACAAGAAGAAGUUUAAUGUUAGUUGAGAAUGUCAAGAAAACACACUACCAUGCAAAUUAUUGAGGUCAUGUAAGCCAAGAAAGCACUUCAAAAUGCUUUGUUAAAUGACAAGAAAUAUCUAGAAAUUACUGAAAUCUACCUAAAAUAAUCCAGAUAAAUAAUGAGCAACAAUGUCAAAAGCUGCUUCAAAGCUUUGUUGUUGUUUGUUUUUUAAAAGGAGAUCUCAACACAGACUGCACUGGAAUGGGAAUACAGAGACCUAGGUUCUAGUCCAUGCACUGGCACUAACACCACGUUCUGUGACUCUGGACAAGCCCACUCUCUAUGUUUCAGCUGCAAUAAGUGUGAAAUAGAAGAAGUAAACUACUUUAAUCUCUAAGGUCCCUCAGA